AUGGCUGGCCCUUCCAAACAGAAGGUCGUCAUAGUUGGCGCCGGACCUGUGGGGUCAUUGGCUGCUCUCUACGCUGCUUCUCGUGGUGACGAUGUCGAACUGUACGAACUACGUGGAGACCAGGGACUAUGGCCUUUCCUUCUGCUUACCUCUGUUUUUAAAAAUCCAUCAUCAUUUGUCUUGAGUGUCAGGUAUUCAUUUGGAUUCCUAGAUCUCCGUGACCCCUCAACCAUUCCAUUGAACUUCACGAAGUCGAUCAAUCUGGCUCUUUCUGAACGCGGAAUCAAUGCAAUGAAGCGCUCAGAACACACGAAAGUCAUUGAUGCAAUUCUGCGCGAUGCAAUCCCGAUGUACGGAAGAAUGAUCCACGGAAAAGAUGCCUUGGGGAAGCUAUGGGAGGCGGCCCAGGCAUAUGAUGUCCAUGGCAGGGCCAUCAAUUCUGUGGAUCGAGCAAUACUGAACAACGCACUUCUCGACGAACUCGACAGGACCCCAAACGUGAAGUUGUUCUUCAAUUACAAGCUGACUGGGGCGGAUUUUCGGGCCCGUAAAGCUUGGUUUGAGCGUCGUGUACCGGAGGGGGCAAACAAUUCGUCGAAACCGAAGUCCCAACGUGCAUCGGAAAUCGAAGUGCAGUUUGACUUUUUGAUUGGCGCAGACGGGGCUCACUCAGCAACCC